AUGUAUGGGUGGCGAAGCGUGGUAGGGCACGCCCUUCUGGUGGUGUUGCUGCUCGGCACGACCGCUGUUGAAGCUCGAUCGCCACGCCCUUUGGUGGUCUCGGAUGGACAUGGCAACCUGUUUAUUAACAGCUCGACUGGCACUGGGCACACGACUCGGGUUUUCAUUGAUGGUAUUGACGUGCUUGGCGAGUUGGAUGAGUUGAGUCGGCUUGUGACCCUGCUUCAAGCCCAGGAGCCGUCCACGACAACACGACAACAAACAACGACCACCACAACGACAACGACACCGACAACGACAACUACCACCACCACAACAACAACAACAACAACAACAACAACAACAACAACAACAACAACCACGACCACGACUACUCCAACAACAACCACCGUAGACCCAUCGACAGCGACCCGCAUUGCUGCUAUUGGUGGUUUGACCUCAUUCGCGACGAACAUUGCUUCCGUGGAAAUUUUCGAUGGUGUUUCUUGGAGUUAUGGGCCCGCCCUGCAGACGGCUCGUUCAGGCCAUGCUGCUGCCGCGUUUCGUGGCAAGCUGUAUGUACUCGGCGGCUACGGUGUUGGUGGCAUGCUGAGCUCAGUCGAGGUCUUGGACGGGAAUGCCUGGGUUUCCGGGGUUAGCAUCCCCUCUGCUCGCCAAGAUUGUGCGGCAGUUACGUUUCGUGAUCGACUUUAUCUGCUUGGCGGGUUUCGCUUCGACUAUCUUGAUGACGUCGAGGUCUUUGACGGCAUCAGCUGGAGCUCGGGCCCCCGUCUUCCGUUGGCACGGCGUUACGCAGCGGCAGCCGUGUUCCAAGACCGUCUUUAUCUCGUAGGAGGCUAUAAUUCCUAUUACCUGACCAAUGCCGAGUACUUUGAUGGCGUAUCAUGGCACACGGGCACUCAAAUGCCCACGGCGCGAUAUGGCCUAGGAGUCGCAGCUCUGGGCGCCAAGCUCUAUGCCGCUGGCGGCAUUCACGGAGCCGUGCUCAACAAAGUCGAGUCUUGUGAUGGUGUUCGCUGGGCCCAGGAGGACAACAUGUUGGGUACACGCUACCACUUUGCCAUGGCUAGCCUAGGUGGCAAGAUCUAUGCUGCCGGUGGGAACAAUGGUCUUGUUCUCAAUUCCGUCGCCGUCUACGACGGCACCUCCUGGGCUUCUGCUGCCGCCUCUCUCUCUCUCAUUCUCACCCUCCAGUCGCAAAGUUUGUAUGCAUUGUCUUUUUUCCAUCUCUCUCUCUCUCUUUGUUGUUACAUGUGCGAUUUGGAGGUGCGUGCGAUCAGUGGAAGAUCACUUGGAGACAUGGCGGCCGAAACGGACACGAAGCCAGCGGUGACGAACGGCAGCGGAGGGUUGGACCCACUGGCUGGCGCCGCAAACCUGCUAGCAGCCUUUACGCCGACGACUGAAGUGCUGGAAAAAACGCUGCGGGAUGUCUCGACGGCGCAGUGUGGCCUGAUUGAAGUCUUACUUGCCCAGCACGAAUCUCUUCAAGGGAACCGCUCCAUUCAAGAAGUAGCUGAAACGCUGAGCAAAGUACCCUCUUAUACCACCAAGCUGACCACGCUGAAGCGAGAAAUGCUCCAGCUACACGAUCGCGUCAAGAAGCUCAAGAAACGGGCCACAAAGGCAUACACGGUGCAACAAGAUCGUCUGGAUCAGCACGCUGCAAAACAAGAACAGGCCAAGAAGAAGGAAGAAGCGCUCAAGGCACAACCGACGGAAGAAGCCGUGGCCGUCGUGCAGAAAUUUAAACAACACAAGAAAAUGGCGGAUGAGAGCGCGCUGCUGGAGCGCGUGUUGUUGCGCUUGGCUUCGGCCAUCGAUGACAAGUCUUUCCAGAACCAGCUUCAUGGCCUCUUGGCCCCGCUCUUGCUCAAGGCAGCUUCGGAUAGUGAGCCUGUCCGCAAAAAACUCAUGGCUGUCCUCAGCCAUGUCAACCAGAUGCUCAAUAGCUACCCCCAGAUGCAAUUGCCCAUCGAGGCGUUGCAGACCCAGCUGCUCUCUUCAGAGACGCCUGCUGCCAGCCGGCCCUUGACCCGCGUCUACUUUCGCAAAGCCUUUGAACGGCUACCUCUACCAGAUCGAAUCGCCCGCGUGCCCGACAUGCUGCGUGCCUGCCCCUCUGCGCCACACAAAGAAGAUGGUGCAUUGGUGCUCAAACUGGCCAUUCCCUAUCUACCGAAACUCACACUCCCCUCCGGGGAACCCGAGACCCGCUUGGCAGCUCUUGGUUGCGAAGUGUCCGCCGUGCACGAUCUCGUGCUGACAGCCAUCUCGACCAUCAUGCUCCUGCGCGAAUCACCGCAACAGUUUGGGGAUGGCACCACUGCCGCAACAUUCACACCGGCCCCCGGUCUCAGUCAGGCAGACGUGACCGGCCUGGUCGAUGCCAAGGGACAACUCCACAAUUGUCCGACGCGCGAGGACGUAUUGCAACUGAAGCUGGGCCUCAUCAAGCUUCUUAAUGAGGACCGCCUCUUUGCCCCCCAGGCCGCUUUUUAUGCCCUGUUGUGUGGUGCUGGUAGCGCACAUGAAGACGUCUCCGAUCGUGCCCUCACAGCCAUGCGCCGCAAAAACAUGACCCUUGAUGACAGCACGCUUAUCCAGCGCGUGCUUUUCCUCUUUGGCGGCACGGUUUUGCAGCCGGGCCAAGUUGUGCCCCCUGAAACCCGCCAAAUGCCCGCUAGCCCCAAAUUGCAAACCCUCAUCCUCAAGCAGCUUGUGGCUGCUCCAAAAGCUGCCGAGUGCUUUCCGCAAAUCCUGCAGACCGUCUUCACAGCCGUGGGCCAUCGCGAAACCAGGAUUCGCAGUUUGGGCCUGCGGCUAAUGCGAGCCGUGGCCGCUGCCUGUCCAGUUCAUCUCCGCGCUGGCAUCUUGCCCCUCUUUCUGGCCAAGGCCACCGCCGGCACAGCUGUGGGGCAAUAUGUGCUGGAAGCGCUCAAGCUCUUGCGCCAAGUCUAUGCUGACCUCUCACCCGCUGCAGCUACCAAACUCCUGCAUACGCUAACCGAUCUGACCCUACACGCUGAUUCGGCCACCAAGGUGCUGGCCGUGCAAUAUCUGGACACGUGCUUUCCCCCAGAUCAUGUAGACAGUCGUCUGCCUCUACUUUUGGCCAUGGGCGAUGACCGCGAAGAUGUGCGCCAAGAGGCCCGUCGCGGUCUUCGUCUAUCCCAGGACACGGAAGACACCACGGAGCUGGGUGCCGAUACGAAGGAACAAAUGCGUAAAGCCCCAGCUUUUGCCGAGCUCCUCGCAUUUCUUCACACACGAAUCACUGAUGGCCUUCCCGUGCGCAAGCGUCGCGCUGACAUGCAGCCAGCCUGGUCCAGCUUGGCCUUGCCUUACAGCGUAUCAGCUAUGCGUGCCAUCUUGCAGUAUCUGAGCCGCUGCUGGGAGCGCGAAUGCGAGGUGGUGCGGGAUGCCACGGGUGGUGCGAGUGCGACAGUCAGCGGAGGUAUCGCCGUGGGCGGCGGCUUUCGAACCGAGAACCCAGAUUGGGAACAGCACCGUCUGGACCAGUUGCACGGCUAUGCCCAAGCACAUCCCGACACUCUCGCCCAAUAUGCUGAUAUCCUCACCGUGGCCAUGGCGCCCAAUGGCAGCGAUGCCUUGCGACUGGAAGCUAUCGAAAGCUUCUUGGACCUUUUUUCUGUUCAACCCUCCCUCAGUCAACGCUUUGCUGUCGAUUGUGACCGCUGGUGUCUCGAACAGCUAGACCAUGCCCAGGCGGCACUGCGACACCGCUUCAGCUUGAUGAUGAGCUAUCUUUCCCUUCAAGCUUCCCCGGAGCAAAUUCGAGGCUGGCUUCAAACCUGUGCCAACCAUGGCCUUGCAGAACAGCAACGUAGCAUUCCCGCCAUUGAUGGCCAUCUGCGUGCUGCUGCUGCCGUUCUUGCCUGGAGCAAGACACCAAUGCCGGACAAUCUGGACAUGCCCAAAGCCAUCCUGAGCGCCCUGGAGCACCCUUCGCCCGUGCUGCGUGGUGCCGCUGCAGAGAGCGCGAUGCUUUUGCAUCGCUAUCGGCCCGAUGCAGUGCCACGGGACAGUCCGCUGCAUAAACGUUUGCUGCAGCUGGCUGCUGAAACGUCUGACAGCGCCGUGCCCGCGCUGCUCAUGGAGCAACUGCUGCGAUGUGUUGGGGCCAUGUUUUUCCUUGCCUUGCCAGAGCGACCCGAUGACGAGGUGAUCCAAGCCAUCAUGAAGACGAGUGAGCGCAAGUCGUUGGAAAUCAACAUGGCGGCUGGGGACGUGUUGGCGCUCCUGACGGCGGGAUGCCAUGCCAAGGCGGCCUGUGACCCCUACUUCCCCGCUGCGCUAGCUCCGGCCCCCGACACUAGUGCCUGGACAGCCUCCGCAGCUGGCGCCGCCACGGCGGCCCUGUUGGAUACGAUUUUAAACAAUUGGUGCAACAGCUCCAAGGCGCCUCAUCGGUCCGCUGCCGCCGUCUGGCUGCUUCGCCUCCUCAAAAGCAACGGCCACCUUCCUGAGCUGCAGCCCAAGUUGGGCGAAAUUCAAACAGCGUUUGUGGAUGUAUUGGCCGAAGGCAACGAUAUCACGCAAGCCUUGGCCUCGGAUGGCAUUUCCCUGUGCUAUGAAAUGGGCACCACCGCCACCAAACGUCAGCUCGUAGACAUGCUCGUCGAAAACCUUUCCAAAGGUGGACGCGCCAAGCAUCAUCGCUAUGACGCAGGCAGCGAGGACGCAGUUUUUGCUCACGGUGAGGUGGGCAAGACUGUGGAAGGGACUAAUCUCAAAACGUACAAAGAGCUUUGCUCCCUGGCCUCCGAGCUUAACAAGCCUGAUUUGAUUUAUCGCUUCAUGAGCCUGGCCAAUCACCAGGCCACUUGGAAUGCCAAAAAGGGUGCUGCCAGUGGGUUUGCGCACCUGGCAACCCUGGCAAGUGAAGAGCUUGAAGCAUACCUGCCCAAGCUGAUCCCCAAGCUCUACCGAUACCGCUUUGAUCCGGCAAGCCACGUGCAAAAUGCCAUGGAGGCCAUUUGGAAGGCCCUGGUGAGGAACCCGACCAAGGCCGUCGACCAGCACUUUGCCGCCAUCCUCGAGGACCUAGUCGAGAAUCUCACUUCCUCACAGUGGCGCCUUCGCGAGUCAGCCGCCGCGGCCAUGGCUGACCUUCUGCGGGGCCGCGGCUGGUCAGAGCUGGAAGAUCACUUUGAGCAUCUGUGGCUCACUCUCUUCCGGGUUGUCGACGAUAUCAAGGAGAGUGUGCGUGAGGCUGCGCUCAAUGCCUUGAAGCGCCUACAAAAAAACACAAUCACCAUUUGCAAGAGCGCACCUGCCUCGGCGCCAGCCGCCAUGCAAGUGUUGUUGACAGUGUUGCUCGAUGUCGGGCUCAUCUCCCGAGUCAAGACUGUCAAAGCCAUCAGCCUGGAGACACUGGUUGACGUGUCAAAGGAAGCUGGGGCUGCCCUCAAGCCACAUGCAGCCAUGUUGAUUGCGACGCUACUCGAAGCUCUCUCCGGGACUGAGUCGGGGCAAUUGGACUACUUGUCCAAUGCCUUGAACGAUGACCACGUCUCAAACAUUGUCGACGAGGUUCGCACCUCCAUGCACCGAACCUCGCCGUUGGCCGCCUGCCUCGAUGAUUGUAUUCGGCUGGUGGAUGCCGACGUCCUGCCAACUUUGAUGCCCAAGCUGGUGGACUUGAUCAAGAAGGGCCUCGGCACCAGCACGCGUGCUGGUUGUGCUCGCGUCGUAAUGGACCUUGAGGAUUGCGCCGCCGGCAUCAAGCGUGCUAGAAAAAAUUAUUUGCUUCACGAGAAUGCUGAUCAAAUUUUGGCUUGCGCGGCCAUUUAUCGUGCGCUGGGACAAUUCUCCAACGAUGUGGCAGCUGAUCAAGCCACGCUCUUGCUACCCGUGACCUUUUAUGGCACGUUUGAUGAGAACAAAACGGUUUCGCAGCUCUUUAAGGAUGCAUGGGAGAACCAUCCCGGAUCGGAGCAGGCGACGUUGCGCCUCUACCACCGCGAAGUGCUAGAUACGCUCAAACCCAAGCUGGAGGAGCGUGACUGGUCUGUGAAGCGGCAGGCGGCUGCCUGUCUCAGCGCGCUGUGCCAGAAGCUAGAGGCCAAUGAGCUGCUGCGCGUGCGAGAUGCACUCAUGGAGCAGCUCCUGGUUGAUCUUGCUGGUCGCAUCUGGGAUGGCAAGGCUGAGCUGAUCAGCGCAGUUGGCUCCAUUGCCCAAGGCUGUCAAAAAGAGUUGAACCAUGAUGCCAAGCUCCAGAUUAUGUCAGCCGUGUUGAAGGAAUGCACCCGCAAGCGGCGCGAGUAUCGGCAGGAGGCCCUGCAACGCACUGCUGCGAUGUGUGACAAGCUGCGCUUUGACUUUUGGGGCAUCGUGCCAGAAGAGCUGCGGCUGCUGGCCCGAGGGACGCCAAGUGGCGCUGGUGAUCGAGAGAGCUCGGAUGAAGACGAUGAUGAAGCAGCGCAAACGCUUCUGCACGAAGUUCUGCAGCAAGGGCAGCUUAGCACACUCAAGAUGCGUCUUGCGUUGAGCAAGCUCGUGGUCCGGCACUUGGAGGUGACUGGAAUGGACCAAACACCCUAUUUGGAGGAUUUGCAGAAGUUUGUGGCCAGUUUGGUUGCAGAUACGCAUCAGUCACGUUCGCGUAUUGCGGCGGUGGAGGUUCUCAAGGCGGUGCAAAGCAAUGCAGUAGCGCUGUGGCCGAGCUUUACCAGCACGGUUACAGCCCUGCAAAACGACGGCGAGCCCAAUGUCCGAGCCCGCGCCAUGGCCUUUGACUGACAUGAACACUGUCAAAUGUGAAACGAAUGUCCUUUUGCGGGUUGCAAAGUGAAUUGUAUCCCAGCUUGAGG